CACGAAGCGGACGCGUCGAGUUGUUUGAGUUGCUUUGCAUGGUCGAAAGAUCUUCAAAUCGAAAUGUCGUAUUCUAAAAAUUAACUGUGACUUUUUCGAGUGAAUUUUCGAAAGGAUUUUUCUGUAAAGUGUUGAUGUGAAAGUGUGUCAAAUAUUUGGCAAAUAUUUUAGAACAACGUGAAAGGCAACAAUACUAAGAGAAGAUAAACAAAUCUGGUUGACUAGCGAAUUAUUUUUAUGAAGUUGUUGUGAAAAGAAAUCCGAGUGACAAACGCAUCGCAACGCAACAAGACAAGAGAAUAAAUAUUCAAAUCGCCGAGGGCAUUCCGAGGGAGGAGAACGUGGAGCCGCACUCCUAGAGAGAUGCACUUUAGCCAGGCCACGAGGCCAUCAUUGGUGCUCCUGGCUGGGGAAAGUGGCAAGGCAACGGCAAGUUGAUGUUGCUGCCGUCUUGGCAUUUAAUUGGGGCCCUCCUUGUGCUCACGGCAACAGCGGGGGACUCCACCAAUAAGAUCAUCUUGCCGCAGAUACUCAACGGAAGCGUCAACGGCGGAGCUGCCUCCGGCAACAAUGCCAAGCACACAAGUGGCCCCGGCAAAUCAACGAUACCAGCAACUGGCGGUGGCAUCGCCGCCAAUGGCAACACAAUUCUUGGCAGCAAUGGCGUAAUUGUUGCAGGUGGCGUGCCCAAUGUGCCAACAUCGAAUUUAAAUACUGUUGUUGAAGAACCCGAAUUUACUGAAUACAUCGAAAAUGUAACUGUACCUGCUGGACGUAAUGUCAAAUUGGGUUGCUCAGUGAAGAAUCUUGGCUCAUAUAAGGUUGCAUGGAUGCACUUUGAGCAAUCGGCGAUACUCACGGUCCACAAUCACGUGAUCACGCGGAAUCCGCGCAUCAGUGUCACGCACGACAAGCACGAUCGACAUCGCACUUGGUAUUUGCACAUCAACAAUGUGCACGAGGAGGAUAAAGGACGCUACAUGUGUCAGAUCAACACCGUGACGGCGAAAACGCAGUUCGGCUAUCUGAACGUUGUAGUGCCACCGAAUAUCGAUGACUCGCUCAGCUCCAGCGAUGUCAUAGUUCGCGAGGGUGCCAACAUAUCGCUGAGAUGUCGGGCUAGCGGCAGUCCCCGCCCCAUAAUCAAAUGGAAACGUGAUGAUAAUUCGCGCAUAGCCAUCAAUAAGAAUCACAUAGUGAACGAAUGGGAGGGUGAUACGCUGGAGAUAACUCGCAUCUCUCGCCUGGACAUGGGCGCCUAUCUCUGCAUUGCAUCCAAUGGGGUUCCACCCACGGUUUCCAAGCGCAUCAAAGUCAGCGUGGACUUUCCACCCAUGCUGCUGAUACCACAUCAAUUGGUUGGUGCGCCCGAAGGUUUCAAUGUCACCAUCGAAUGUUUUACGGAGGCGCAUCCAACCUCUCUGAAUUACUGGACUCGCGGCGAGGGACCAAUCAUACACGAUUCAUACAAAUACAAAGUCGAAUCAAGCGUCGGCGUGCCUGCUUAUAAAACGCAUAUGAAACUGACAAUUAUCAAUGUGGGAAGCGGCGAUGAUGGCAUCUAUAAGUGUGUAGCUAAGAAUCCCAGAGGCGAAACUGAUGGCAUUAUACGACUGUAUGUCUCGUAUCCACCAACCACAGCCUCUUCGGGACUUUAUACAACCGAAUCGCAUUGGGGUGAGGGCGGCGUUAAUAAUAUCGGUUAUGGAAACUCCGAUUCGACGCGUUCCAUAUAUGGGCAGGAUAAAAAUACGCGCUAUCAAUCGAAUUUGAAUGAAAUCGGUUUAUCAGAACAAAAAUCCUUCCUAGAUAAAACCCAAAAUGCUGCAACAGGAAACGGCAGCCCCUCAGGCCCCGCCCUUGACGGUGAUGGGGACAGCGACGAUGCCAACUGCUCGGUGGCCAUAGCGUGGCUGGUAUUGUUACCAACAUUGUUAAUAACGUUGCGGUCUAGGCUUAGCUUAAGUGUAUGUUAGCCAAAACGAAAUGUAUCUUGUAGCUACAUAUCCAUACAACAUACGAUGUACUUCACUAGCGUUAAGGCUUAAGGAGAGACGAACUAGCAGAUACAAUUAGAUUGAAAUACUUACAAAUACAUAUACAAAUACUAUACAUAUACAGCAGAUACUUACUCGUAUAGCCAAUAGUAAUGAAGACCCUAGUUAUGAUCCGCCCCCGAAGAAACAAAAUGCAAGAAAGCCAAAGAGAGCUUGCUGCAUGGAAAUCCAGUGUGUAGCCACAACCAAUAUGAACUUAGCUUAGACCUGAGUAGGAAAAUUCACCAUCUCUUUCGAAGAUUAUUGCAUUCUGCUUAAUUGAUGUGCUUACACAUUGAAAUGACAUCGCAUAAAUCGAAAGAUGAGUAAUGUUUUAAUUAUUAUACCAUGAUAUAUUUGAGCGUUUAACGCUAAACGCAUUUUUUAUGCAUCCACUUUCCCCCUCAACCCAUCACACACACACACACACACACACACACACACACAGUUAGUUACGCCUUAAGGUAUGCAACGUUAAAUGGAACUAAAAUAUAUAAGAAAAAGAAAAACCAAACACAUAUCGAGAAUUAAAAUCAUUUAAAUUAUAGUGCAUGUACGAGAAAUAUGAAUAGAAAACUAUUAAAAUAAUGAAAGUUGUAAGUAUAACAAGGCACUUGCAGUUUAAGUAGAUUUUUAAUUUAAUGGUUAAUGACGUCUCUGUUAUUUUAGGCUGACAAAAGCUGUCUAUGGUCAAAUGCUUUACGACUAUUACAGCUAACGAAAUGUAUAGGGAUUUCUAAGUGAAUGGCUUCAAUUGGACGUAACAAAUCUUUGCUAUACAUAUUAAAAUAUGCUUUAAGACUUCCAGAAUCCACAUCACUUCCAAAGAGAAUUACGCUUUCAAACUCUCUUUGAAGAGUUGUGCAUUCCCAAGCAGAUUACAGUUUUUCAUCUAAUUUAAUUCGAUUUGUUGAAUCACAAGCAAAUAUCUAAGCCUUAAGAUAAGUCAUAUGUAACUAAAGCUUAAUAUUAAAUGUAAAAACAAAAACAAAUGGAAAUGUUAAACAUUUAAGCUAUCAAGCUGUGUUUUGCUUUAAAUACAGAAAGAAGAAAAACGUGUUAAAUAUAUUAUAUUAUAUUGAUGACUUACGAGUAAUAAUGCAAAGCUAACGACACAAAUCUAUAUACAAAUCGAUAUAUAAAUAUAUAUAUAUAUAAAUGCAGAUAUAUACAGACGUACAUAUAUACACUAUUAUAACUAUGUAACAUGUAUUUAAGCAUAUGAAAUGAGUUGUAACUGCAAACGAAAAAUAAAACUAAAUGGCGCAUAUCAAUUGAUAUUCCAACGCCAAAUUCGAAAGUGAGCAAAUUAAAAAACAGCGAAAAAAAUCGAGGACAACAAAUAUUAUACACAAGUGAAUGUGUUAAAUGCUUAAUUAGCAACCAAAUUAAACAACGCUGCAACGAACAACCAAAAACAUGCAUUAAAACAAUAAUAAAACAAGAAAAAAUAAAGAU